AUGGCCACUGCUCUACAUACCGUCCUCUCACAACUGCAGAAGAAGGAUGCUUACGUUUCAGUACUGCGGAAUUCGCCGCCGGUGAGCCGGCGAUCAAAUGCGCAUGCGUACGAGUCCCAGCUGGAUUCCGACAUCGCGCAUGCGCUCAGUGAACAAAAGGCUCUGUCGGAGCGAGCGCAGCUGACGAUACAUCAGAAAAUUCACACCAGUGAGAGGCUGUUCACCUGCUCCGUGUCUGAGAGUAGAUUCAGUCACUCAGCUGACCCACAGACAGACCAGCGAGUUCACAAGGGAGAGAGAUUUUUGAAUUGUUUCGUGUGUGGGAAGACAUUCACUGAGACAUCUGAUCUGUUGACAAAUGAACGAAUUCACCUUAGGGAGAGGCCAUUCCCCUGCUCAGACUCUGGGAAGGGAUUCUCUCAGUCAUUUCAACUGAAGGUACAUCAGUGA